UUACAAACAGCAUUUACGAACUGAGGGUCCCGCUGAUCUACCUGGGUGUAUGCACGCUCAGCAACUGCAAUCAAGAGGAGCUUCAGAAGCUGAUCAGAGCAGUGCUUCCUCCUUCGAUAGAUGUCACCAUCUCGAAUUGCGUAACCUCUUUGCCUCCCAUCUUGACGAAAGGGCCGGUUGCAAUUUUAUCGUUUCUUGGCCUUUUGGUGCUGUUGCUUGCGGUUGGAACACUUUUGGAUAUUUGCAGCCCUGCAGGACACCAUACGAAAAGAAAGAACCAGAGGUUUCUUCUAUCUGCUUUGAGGUCAUUUUCUGUAGCAUCGAAUACGAACAUGAUGCUUCAUGUGGCUAAAGACAAGAAAUCCGAGGCCUACAGGCUGCGCUUUCUGCACGGCAUCCGCUUCUUCAGCAUCGUCUGGGUUACUGCAAUACACAGCUACGCUGCGAAUUCGCAUGUGUGGUCAAGCAUGACAAACUGGGUUAAAUAUGCUGAUGAAUGGCAAAAUAUGAUUGCAACUGCCGGAUUCAUCAGCGUCGACAGUUUCUUCUUUCUCAGUGGAUUUCUUCUAGCUGCAGUAGUAUGCAAGGAAACCAGAACUGGAAUCAUCAUAUUCCUGUUUGCUGUAAUUCGAAGAUUGAUCAGAACCAUGGUUCCGGUAUUCUUUUUCCUCAUGUGCCUAUACCUACUACCACUCAUUACGUCCGGACCGAAUGCGAAGACCUACUUCCAGAGCGUGCACAAAGACUUCCGAAGCCAGUGGCUGGUUCUGCUACUACAAGUGCAAAACUACUACUUCGACAUCAACGCUGACACCCGAAUGUUUCCUCACCUGUGGUACCUAUCCGUAGACUUCCAAUUCUUCCUUCUGAGCCUGCUGAUACUUCUGCUGCUGAAGAAUCGUCCUAAGAUUGCUGUGGCUAUAUUUGCACUGCUUUCGCUGGUCGGGUGUACCAUUGCAACAUGGCAAGUGGCCGUUAACGACAUGACACCUUUCGUCGUCGGGGUGACAGAGUCGCCAUCAAGAUUGUUUAGGACUGGUUACCGCUACUACUUCUACCCCUUCUACCACGCCGUGUGCUAUUUUUCGGGCUGCAUAACAUUUUUCUUGGUUGCAUGGUUCAGGGAGAGAAAGAUACCUAAGAUGUUCCAGAUAGCAGCGUGGCUUCUUGCUGUCGCAAGUGGGCUCUGCUGUAUCUUCAUGAAGACAGCAUGGUACCGCACCGACAACCCCACGACCGAGUUCGGCAAUCUGUCCACAGCCUUUUUCGACCGCAUCCUGUGGUCCAUUUGUCUCAUCUGGAUCACUCUCGCUUGUGCCACUGGAAGAGGAGGCUUCCUAUGCAAGUUCCUGUCAUGGAGUGCCUUCACGCCCCUCAGCAGGCUGGCCUUCGGCGUGUACAUUGUCCACUUCCCCUUCGCACAUCUCACAAUGCACAUAUCCCGGGAACGGAUGUUCUACUCGCAUUUUUUCAUUUGCUGCUAUUUUCUUAGACGAUCUUGCUUCGCUUUAGAGCGAAAGCUCGACUACGCCCUGUCUCUCAAGGUCAUUCAUCGCGUCACAAUGACCUUGAGCCGCUGGAGCGGGAGCCACGAGCGCGAGCAACGGGCCGUCGAGCGCGAGCCACCGGAGCGCAAGUGUGGCAGGUAUGAGCACUGCGAUUCUGCACGCCCAGUUUCGUUCUUCUUCUACGUACUCGUUUGGAGCUUCCUAAUCAGCUACUUCAUGUUCAUUUUCUGCGAAGCUCCAACGGGCAGACUCGACAAACUCAUGUUCGAAGGUCGACGUGCGACAAAAGAGAAGGACCCCAAGGACGAAGUUCCGAAUGCCAACGGGUUGUCUGUGGUGACGGUCCCGCUGACGAGGGGCUCCCCUUCCGUGUCUACCACCACCACAGACAUACCCACCUGA